AGCCAUUUAGGCUCAAGGCCGCCCUGGCUCGAACCGCACGUUCAUCAGGCUCGGUGGCCUGUUGCCGAGCGGCAUGACUACCACGUCCGCGGCGGCCCUGCCGAGCGGCAUGAAUACCAAGAACACGUUCCUGGACUGCAGGUCGCCCUGGAUCGACUACGUCACCUUGGACGGGCGCCCCAAUUCGGACCCCACCGACGAUCGCGUCUCAACCAACUCGACCUCUCAGAGUGCGGCCGACACCUCAACCUCGGAGGGGUCCAACUGCUUCGGGGACCAGGAGCCUGGAGUGCGCCGUCUGAUGGAGGAAGGCGCCGCCCAGCGGAAGAUCGUGCAGCUCGCGCAGCAAGGUGAAGACCGCUGCACGAAGAUGUCCAGGACCCAGCGGCGUCGCACGCAGCGGAAGCUCAUGAGAGCUUUCAAGGGGGAGCUCAUGGACCCCGACGACUCCCCCUCGGGCACGCCCGACGCGGCGGGCAGCUCGAGCGGCGAGAAGGAAGGCACCUCCACCAAGAUCUCUCUGUGAUGGGGCGGCCCGCGCCCGUGCAGACUGCAGCCGCCUGUCGCCUACACCCUCCCAGAGGCUCGGCUGCCGCGAGGGCGCUGACGUGAGCCCCGCUUAUUGGGUUCAGCGGGGGCUCUGAGUUUCGGGCUGCUCCCCAGAUCCAGGUCCAGGGGACCUGCUCUCCCGCUCCCCUGAACUCAAGGCUCUAUCCUCCCUGAGGACCUCUGAGGGCGGAGAUUGUUCAGGGUUGAAUGGCACACUCUUUGUGGCGUCGGGCACCAGCCUCCGGCACGUCCUAGGCAGGCGUGGGCCGCCGAAGCCGGCAGAAACGCCGCAGCCGUCCCCUCGAUCCUCGACGCUCCUCGACCAUCCACGAUCCUCAGAUCCCCCCCCUCGAUGUCUCCACUCAAUCGUCUACAGGCACCAGGGCCGAUGGAGCGCUGGCGCGCAGCCCGUCGCAUCCGGUGCCUGCUGGUCCGUCCAUUCCGGCUCACCGCCAGGCAACCGCGUUUUGCCGUUACCAUUUGCGGAUGCGCCUGGCUAUAGUUUUGUGUACCAUCAGUUGACGGCCGGCCAUGUGGGAUGCACACAGGGCACUUGUCCAGCCUUCCCUCCCUCGCCUUGCUUGGCAUCACUCGGGCGUGUGCAGUUGCUCUUGGCGGU